AAUUAUAGCAUUUUGUAAUGUGAGUCUUCAGCAUUAUUGUAUGUGUGUUAUCAAGCCGACUUAUACCUGGAGAGCAUACAGUAUAUGGAGGGUGUGUGUGUGUGUGUGUGUGUGUGCGUUGGUUUCGCUACAUUAGCGGGACAUUUUAUCGGUUUACGUACCAGCAUUACCAGGACCAAACGGUUUAUCGGGACACUUUCGGUGUCCCGAUAAUUCAAGCACUGUAAAUGCAUUCAGAACAAUGGAAAUGACAUCCUCCCGCUUUUUCUCGUCAUGUCCUCAUAAGUACGAAAACCCGACAUAUUUGUGUCUCACACACGAAGUCAUACACGCAGAAAAAAUUUCCCGCCAUUGGGCUUUCAGACACAAACGCGGGAAAAGAACACACAAAUUUAGCGGACUUCAUUGGCGGAGUACUUCCUUGACGUAUUGGUCACCGAUUGGCUGUUCUCAACGUCAGUCAAACGUCAAUCAACGAGGUUCUCCGCAGUGAUUGGAGGAAUGCCUUUGGCGUCAACCCGGAAGCUCCAGAGGGGAGCGCUGUCAGUGAUUGGCUGGUGAGUGGACACUUUUUGAGCACAUGUAAUGUCCCUUCAAUGGAGGAGCAAAGAUGGCUGAGAAGAGAAGCAGGAGGAGAAAGAGUCCAGAACAAGAUGCUGUGGAACAUAUAAUUGAGGAAAAAGAUAAAACAUUCAUUGAGGAAAGAUUUAUCAACCACUAUAAAGGGAGAGGUGUAUUUGCAAGAGAGUACAUUGAACCCAAAAGUUUUGUGGUGGAGUACCGAGGAGUUCUGUCUCUGAGUAAAGGUGCAGAUGACAAAAGCAACAAAUAUGCAUUUGAUUUCAUAUGGAAUGGAAAGCAAUAUUGCAUAAAUGCUUCAAAAGAAGACCAAACACUGGGACGACUAGUGAAUGAUGAUCAUGUUCAUCCAAACUGCAAAGUCAAAAGAAUCAUGGUUCGAGGGAGACCACACUUGUGUCUGUUCGCUAUCAAAGACAUCUUUCCAGGAGAAGAAAUAACUUAUAACUAUGGUGAUUCCUCUUGGCCAUGGCGCUCACUGGCACCUUGUGAAGAGCAAAGUGACCUGAAGGUCCACGAACGUGAGCCACCAUCAGAAAAGGAAGCCUUGGGUAAGAGUGAGGCUGAGAGGACAGGAGUCAGUCUUGGUCUUGUUUCAUCCCAUGAUGAACCAGCACCUUGUGAAGAGCAAAGUGAUCUGAAGAUUCACAAAAGUGAGCCAGCAUCAGAAAAGGAAGCCUUGGGUGGGAGUGAGGCCAAGAGGAGAGGAGUCAGUCCCGGUCUUGUUGAAUCAAAUGAUGAUACGGAAUCUGUGGCCGGCAUUGAGGCAGAGAUGACAGGAGUCAGUCCUGGUGUUGGAUCAUUCAAGGAUAAUACAUGCCACCAUAGAAUGUUUGGUGCAGUUCUCAGUGCUUUGGAAAAUUGUGAAGACUGCACUGGGCCUGUCUCCAGUUUAAAAUGGCUUGGUGUGACAUGCAAAUUAUGUUCAAGAUCAUGGCAUAAAUCCUGUUUUUUGAAGAAGAAUUCAUCACUGGAUGCUACUAAGUCUUGGGAUCAUGUUUCUGACUCUGAAAUCAGUGAUUCAGGUUCAGACGAUGUCUACCUUCCAUCAAGAAGCUCUGAUGGAUCCAGCUCUGAUUUUCCUACUGACACUGAACAUAAUGAGGAUGCACAAUCAGUAAUCUUGCCAUAUCUUGGACAAGUUAAACCACUUCCUUCUGAGGGAAAAACAAAGAGAGUUCCGCUGUUGGAACAGAAGGCCUCCAAAUCUGACUGCAUCAAUGACCAACCCUGUUCUGAUAAUGGAGUGACUCAUCGUGAUAACUGGAUUAUUUCAACAAAUACGGCCGAGCAGCCUCCCACCCCGGCCGAGCAGCCUCCCACCCCGGCCGAGCAGCCUCCCACCCCGGCUGAGCCUCUUCCUAGCAUAUCAACUCAACAAAUCUCUUCUUGCACUUUAAAGAAUUACUGCUAUGUUUGCAAAAAAGCCCAAUCCAAAAUUUCUCGGCACUUUAAAAAGCAUGAGAAAGAAGAUUUGGACAUUGCCCGAGCAUUGUCAUUACCCAAGAACUCAAAAGAGAGAAAAAUGUUAUUGGAUAAGUUGCGGAACAAAGGAAAUUAUGAGCAUAAUCAGGAGGUAAUAAAUAGCCAUAGUGGAUCACUGAAAGUCAGAAGAAGAGCUGGAUCAUCAAAAGUCUCUGAGAACUCCAAAAGGUAUGUCCAUUGUACAUAUUGCAAAGGUAUGUUUCUUCGCAAAGAGCUGUGGCGCCACACAAAAAGGUGUCCAUUAAAGAAAAAAACUGAGGACCAUCAAAGGAGCAAAGUCUUAUCUCUGGCUGAUAUGGCGGAGUCAACCAGCUGUCACACCAUUUCCACUGGCGUGUGGAAGGUGCUCGGAAAGAUGAGGCAAGACGACAUAGGAUCUGUAGUGCGCAAUGAUUUCAUCAUAUUGCAACUGGCCCAGUCGCUGUACAACAAGCAUGGGAAUGACCCCACAAAAUUUGAGUACAUUAGGACAAAGGUUCGGGAAAUGGGUAGACUUUUAUUGACUCUAAGAGUGAUGUAUUCUAUUCAAAGCUUUGAAGAUGGUGUAAAACCAAACAACUUCUACAAAAUUGUUAAUGCUGUGAAAAGAGUUUCAGGAUAUGAUGAAGAGAAAAACUCGUAUUCCACACCAAGUCUUGCCCUGAAGUUGGGGCACUCGUUGAAAAAAAUUGGGGACAUUAUUCUUUGCAGAGCUAUAGCAGCAGAGGAUGAACAUUUGAUAAAAGCAACUGAACGAUUCAUCAGACUCUGCUCAAAAGAAUGGGCCGGAUAUGUCUCUCACACUGCACUGGCUACUUUGAGAAAGUCAAGGUUCAAUCAACCAUCCAUCAUACCAUUCACAGAGGAUGUGCAAAAGUUACAUAAAUACCUGGAGGAGAACUCGGCUAUUGCCAUACACAACUUAAAAAAACAUGAGUCUCCUCAGGCAUAUGGAGAACUUGCAAGGUUGACACUUUCACAAAUAAUACUCUUUAAUAGACGCCGUGCAGGUGAAGUUUCAAAAAUGUCUCUGGAAUCCUUCAAGAAAAGAGACCAAACUGAGCUUCAUGGUGAUGUAGCUGCCAGUCUGUCACUUUUUGAACAGAAGCUAGCAAGGCACUUUAGCAGAGUGGAAAUUAUGGGUAAAAGAGGCAGGAAAGUGGCAGUUUUGUUGAACCCUGAGGUUGUUUGUGCGACAACACUUCUCGUAGAGAAAAGACAGAUGUGCAAUGUGCACAAGGACAACCCUUUCCUAUUUGGAAGGCCAGAAUGCCCCUUCACAAGCCACUACAGAGGACAGGAUUGUGUUAGAACAUUUGCACGCUUGUGUGGCGCAAAGAAUCCACAGUAUCUGAGGUCUACACAACUUCGAAAGCACAUUGCGACCCAAUCCCAAAUCUUGAACCUUAAGAACAACGAACUGGAUCAACUGGCUAACUUUUUGGGCCAUGAUAUUAGAGUUCACAGAGACUUUUACCGUCUGCCAGAAGCCACGAUUGAAGUGGCAAAAAUCACGAAGAUUCUGCUUGCUAUGGAGAAAGGAACGUUGGCACAGUUCAAGGGGAAGUCUCUUGAUGAGAUUGAGAUUGAAGAUAAAUUGGAUCCAGAAAUGUAUGGUGAGUUGGAUGAUGGAGACGACAAAGUGGAUGAGGAUGAUGAAAGCAGCAGUGACGAUGAACACAACGAAGGUGAAAGAGGGAGAGACGAAGAAAAUGGUGGAGAUGAAGACGGAGGCACAGGGAGAGACGAAGAAAAUGGUGGAGACGAAGACGGAGGCACAGGGAGAGACGAAGAAAAUGGUGGAGCCGAAGACGGGGGCACAGGGAGAGACGAAGAAAAUGGUGGAGACGAAGACGGAGGCAGAGGUUGUCCCCUUGGACUAAUGGAAAACGAAAGAAUGGAGAUCGACGAAGAGCAAAACAGUUCCUCUGGAAAACGAAAAACAACUAUAUUGACUGAGGAUUUGGUCAAGACUUCCAAAGGACAGAAGAAAAAGUGUGUCGUCAGCAGUUCCAGAGAGAUCAAACGCAGAAAAUAUGUGAAGAGGCCAUGGAGCAACGCCGAAAUCAGCGCUGUCAUGAAAUUCUUCAAAACCCACAUCGAAAAAGGGAAAUUGGCAAGUAAGAUUGAGUGUGAACAAUGCAAACUAGCUGAGGACCCGAUUUUGAAGAAUAGAACCCUUCAAAAUAUUAGGGAUUUUGUGAGGAACCGUGGCCUUAAGUUAAAAAAAUAGGUUCUAAUUAAGUAUUUAUGUUAACUUUUAUUAGUGCAAUAUUUGGUUUACAUUUUAUUUGAUUUUUUGCAGAAAAAUGACUUCUUUUUUUUUUUUGUGUGUGUGUGAAAGGCAAGUUCAGGUUGUCCUUAUUUUUUUUUUCUUGCACAUUGUUUUAAGUUAUGAUAAAAGUAUUAGAAUUGAUUCAUGGCCAAGUGGGCAUUUUUAUAGACAGGAGUUAAGGGGUUACUUGAACAGUUUUUUCAAAAGUUGUUAAUGUUUGUUGAACAAUUAAGCACUUUCUAAUAAGGUUGUACUGUAGCGUUGUUAGGUUAAAUAGGUUCUAAUUAAGUAUUUAUGUUAACUUUUAUUAGUGCAAUAUUUGGUUUACAUUUUAUUUGAAGAUUUUUUGCAGAAAAAUGACUUUUUUUGUGAAAGGCAAGUUCAGGUUGUUGUCCUUAUAUUUUUUCUUGCACAUUGUUUUAAGUUGUGAUAAAAGUAUUAAAAUUUAUUCAUGGCCAAGUGGGCAUUUUUAUAGACAGGAGUUAAGGGGUUAUUUGAUCAGUUUUUUCAAAAGUUGUUAAUGUUUGUUGAACAAUAAAGCACUUUCUAAUAAGGUUGUACUGUAGCGUUGUUGUACAAUUAUUUCUGUGAGCAUUCCUUACUGUAAUCAGUUUCACAGUCAUCAAAAUCAGUGAUUGUCACAUCUUUUUCAAGGUCUUUUUAAUCCGGAACACUUUGUGUAGCUGUUUGAAGUCUAGCUGUUUUGGCUCUGCUGUGCAUCCUGCUUGAGGGGAGGGCUGUAAACAUUCUAUGGGCAAGGUGAGUGAGGUUCUUCAGAAUACUGGUGCGAGGUAGUCAUUGAAAUUAUUUGCUGAUUUAUCUGCUGAAGAACAUUUUCUACACCAUGCAGUGAAGCAAGAUGUUAAGUUAAUGACCAUUGGGCAUUUGGAAAAAAAAUUAUGGUUGAGGUUUUCAGUAUCAGCAGCCUUCAAUUACCCGACGCCCAGGUUGAUCAAUUAUGACAGCAGUGUCGCUCAAGCUACUGUUCUGACAUUGCAAGCACGCUGUCAAGAGAAUCAUCCAGAUAAACUUUCUCUUUAGGAUUUCAGAUUGCACCAGUGGUACUAAUGGUGUGUUCACUCUUUAGUGAUACAUUUGAUUUGCCAUAUAAAACUAGGGUCGACAGUAGUAUAGGACCAGCAGGAUCAUCAAAUGUUUUAUUCCGAUUGUGUGAGUGCAUAGUUCAUGUCUGGGUAAUGUCCUGUCAAACCAGUGUGGUCCUCACAAACAAGGGUUUUGUUUGGGUUGUGUGUAUGUAUACUGUAUAUGUGUGGGUAAUGUCCUGUCAAACCAGUAUUGUCCUCACAAACGAGGCUUUUGUCUGGAUUUUGUGUAUGUAUGUGUGGAUAAUGUCCUCUCAAGCCAGUGUGGUCCUCACAAACAAGGGUUUUGUUUGGGUUGUGUGUAUGUAUACUGUAUAUGUGUGGGUAAUGUCCUGUCAAAUCAGUAUGGUCCUCAUAAACAAGGGUUUUGUCUGGAUUGUGUGUCCCUACCCUUGAAGUUUACAGUCACCGAGACAAUUUCGUGUUUUCCAUGAAAACUGUUUAAUCAAACGACUUACAAAAUAAAUAGGAAAUAUAUUCAAAACUAUUGACAGGGUUAAAAAUCAUUUUUAUUUGAAAAUUCUCCUUGAAACUGCUUUCGAUAAAGAAUGCUUCACUUGCAACAAUUACAGGAUUGACCUUUGGCAUUCUAGCUGUUCAUUUGUCGGUCAUGUAAAAAAAAAAAAAAAAUCACUCAUCCUUCAAGAAGACGCUCCCAUUAAAUGGAUGAGCUUGAUGGGCACGUCAUGUGUACCAUGCAGCCAAGCUUCAACAGCAGCUCAAUGGAUUGAGAUCAGGUGACUGUGCGAGUCACUAUUACAGAUCGAAUACCAGCAUUCUGCUUCUUCCCAAAAUAGUUUUUAAAAUGUGAGGGUGUUCUUUGGGUCAUUUUUUCUGUUGUGGCAUGAAAUGGGCUUUUAUACCCUAUCUUUUAUACCCUGUACAAAUAUCCCACUUCACCAUUACAUUACUCCCACCAUGCUUGACAGAGGGCUUCAAGCACUCUAUGGGAUUCUCUUUAAGGUAAAAGGGUUUUUGAAAAGGGAAGGCUAUCGCUCCAUUUUGCAUUGUCAUGCCAUUCCCUGCAGACAAUGCAUGAACGAAGCCCAUUUCAUCCUACAGUAGGACGAUGACGCAAAGUACACCUCCAAACUAUGCAUGAACUAUCUAGGGAACAGGUGCUAGUAUUCUAUCUUCAGUGGAGUGGCCAGCACAGUUACCAGAGCUCAAACCCAAUGAAUUAAUGUGGGAGUAGCUUCACCAAAUGGUACGCGAAAAAGUGCCCAUCAAGCCAAUCCAAUUUAUGGAAGGGACAUCUGGAAGCGUGGGGUCAAAUUUCUCAAGA